GGUGCCAUGCCUCUGGCUGCUCAGGUGAUUCAGUGACCGUCUUGCCUGAGUAUUGCGGAUGGCCACGGCAGCCAUGAACCAUGCCCAGCCAAGCUCGGAGCCGGCUUCCUCUGUGGCUCUGGCCUCAACAGUGUGUGUACAAAACGGUGCCGGUGAGCCCCCACUGGACGUGGUGGACAUCUUUGUGGAUGGUUCCACUGAGGCAUCACUGCGAGAAGGCGCGCUUCGGGUUCUCCAGCAUGUGCGUCCCUGCUGGGACCUCUCUCUGGUUCAGUUCAAGACGUUCACAGAUGGCAUCACAAACCAACUGGUCGGCUGCUGGCAAGGUGGAGGGGAGCUGGGGGAGGAGGCGCUGCUGCUGCGCAUCUAUGGCCAGAAGACAGAGCUCUUCAUCGACAGGUCGGCUGAGGUCCUCAACAUGCGCCUGCUGCACGCGCAUGGCCUCGCGGCACCACUGCAUUGUGCCUUCCGCAACGGCCUCUGCUACGGGUUCAACCCUGGCUGUGUGGGUGACACACAGUUGGUCAGGGACCCUCACAUAUCCAGGCUGAUAGCACAGACACUAGCACGCAUGCACUCUGUGAAGUUACACAAGGGGGGACAGGUGGCGCCCUCUCUGUUCCCCACCCUGCACAAGUACCUUCGCCUGGUGCCUACGCAUUUCGACGACAUUGAAAAAAACCUCAGCGAGAGGUUUGUGUCGUGCAUCCCGAGCAAAGCAGAGUUGGAACUGGAAGUGUCGCUACUUGAAGAGCACCUGUCGGGCUUGGGUUCGCCUGUCGUGUUCUGCCACAAUGACCUGCUCGUCAAGAACAUCAUCUACCAAGAGAAACAGGGCAGAGUGAUCUUCAUUGACUUUGAGUAUGCUGACAACAACUACCAGGCACUGGACAUAGGGAACCACUUUUGUGAGUUUGGAGGUGUGGAGCGUUUUGACAGCUCCCUCUAUCCAGACCGCGAGUUCCAGCUUUGUUGGUUGCAGCACUACCUGGACGAGUGGCACAGGCUAGCAGGCAGGGGCGAGUGUGCCUCCUCCCGUGAUGUGGAAGUGCUGUACGUCCAAGUGAACAAGUUUGCCCUGGCCUCGUGCAUGCUCUGGUGUCGGGCUCUCAUUCAGGCAGCUCAUUCCACCAUCAAGUUUGACUUCAUCCAGUGA